GUAUUUUAUAAUAAAUGAAUGUAUUAAGUAUGAUGGAAGGAUUACUAUUGCUAAUAUAUGUAGGGAUAUUAGUACAUGAAUAUUCAUAGUAAUAAGUACCCUUUUAUGUAAAACUAUUAACUUAUAUAUCAUGGAUCUUAUCUUUUGGGAUUGUAUUUAUAAUUCCACAUGAUAUAUACUAUACAUUAAAUGAUAAUGGUGAAGGAUAUGAUUAUACAGUGAUUAUAUGGAAAUGGAUUUAUUGGGGAAAUUUUGUUUUGAGUUGGUGAGAUUAAUUUUUUAUAAAUUGUUUUAGGUUAAUUUUACCAAUAUGUUAGGAAUAUGAAGAUGCAGGAGAAAUCACAAUUAAGGAUAAAUUGAUAAGAUCUUGUAAAAACAAUCUUAUAGCAUAUGGAUAUUUUAUAGUUUUAGGAUUAAUUUUUAUUGGGUAUUUGGCUAUAUUCAAUAAAUUGGAUUUUGAUUCAAUUUUGAAAUUAUUAGUAGCUUUGGCUUAUGGAUUGUAUAAGUAUAUUUAAUAAAAGUGGCAUACUUUUAGUUGUUAUUUUAUUGGGCCAUGGUUUAGUGGCAAUUCCGCGGGAAUAUUGGAGAAAGUCUUAAUAUGAAAAGUGCUUAAAGUCAUUAUAUUUAGAGGCAGCCUAAGUACAUCAUGCAAUACAAGAUUUAUAUAAUUAAUUGAUAGAUUUGACUAUUGAAGUGAUAUAAUAUAAGAAUUAAGAUUCUGAUUUAGCAUGUACUUAUUGAUAUUGAUUGGAGAACAUCUUUUGAGAAACGGAUAGAUACCAUAUGAAAUUAUAGAGGAGGCUUAAUUCAAAUAUUAGGAGAGAAAUUAGAAAUUGAAACCAUGGGCAGAUGUAAAUAAGAGAGUAAAAAAGAAAGCAGCAGAAUAUAAAAGAGCUAAGACAAAAUGGGAACAUAUAUGUGGAGAAUGUUUUUAGUUGGAAGAUAUGAUAGAUAAUGAAUUUAGCGUUCAUUAUAAGAUAAGAUCAACUUUAAGAUAUGAAAGAUAAGGUAUGAUGGGUCAUUAUAUGGACAUGUUAUAAUGGUUAUGGUAUACAAAGAUUAAGAAGAUUUAUUUAUUAUCUUUGAGUGUAAUAUUUUGGAUUUUAUCAACAAUCGUGAUAUUAUCAGAAAUAUCUUGCUUUACUUAAUUUGAUGUAAAUAUUUUGAAAAGAAUGAUAAACAUAAAUGGUUUCUUUUAGACAUAAAUAUCAAUAUUGAUACCUUUGAUGUAUAUAUCAUUUUGUGGAUUUUAUGGCUUAUUUCAUAUAAAUUUCGCAGGAAUGUAUGGUUUUUAUAAUCAUUAAUAAACUGAUGCUCCAAGUUUAAUGUUUGGAUCAAUGUAAGAAUAUAAUAUUUGAAGUUAGUAAUUUAUCAAGAGUAUCAUUUCCUCUUACAUUUAAUUUUUUAUAAAUGAUAUAGAUAUCAGAAACUCCUUUUGAAGAUGUAGUAGGGAAUAUGGAUGCAAGUUCAGUUUUAGGUAUUACUUUUAGUUAUUCAUUGCCUAUUUUAUUAAUAUUGACAUCAGUAUUUAAUUAUUUUGAGAUAUAUGAUAAAGUCCUAUAAGGGAUAGGUUUGCCAUAGUUAAAAUUUAAAUAAAUGGAAUUUAGUAGUGAAGAAGGAGAGAGAUUGAUAUGUAGAGCAAGAGUAAAAAGGGAACGAGAUGUAUUAAAUAAAGUUGGUACCAAAUUUUUGGAUCAAAGUGAAAUGCGGGAAUUAGAUAGAAGAAUGAUUUAAUUUGUCUGA